UGACAGUGAAAGAGAAACAAUAAAGAAGGCCUGGUCUUAUUCGAGGAUUCCACCAUUAAUCUUGGUGGACAGGCAGAGGAAGACCACAUCCUCAUCGGAUGAUGAAUAUGUAGCUUGGGCGGCUCUGCUGCUUCCCUGGAAAAGCUCUCCUCCCUUCUCUACCGACUUCCAUGGCUGCCGAAAGCGGGGCCAGCCAGAAGCUGGAGAGCAUCCUGAGCGAUAACUCCAUCCCCUGGGCUCGCCGCAUAUGGAUGGCCUCCCUGGUCGAGAUGAAGCUGCUCGUCUACCUCGCCGCCCCCGCCGUGAUGGUUUACAUGCUCAACUAUGUCAUGUCCAUGUCCACCCAGAUCUUCUCCGGCCAUCUCGGCAACCUCGAGCUCGCCGCCGCCUCCCUCGGCAACACCGGCAUCCAAAUCUUCGCCUAUGGCCUGAUGCUAGGGAUGGGGAGUGCUGUGGAGACACUAUGCGGACAGGCGUACGGCGCCCACAAGUACGAGAUGCUCGGGGUAUACCUGCAGCGGUCGACGGUGCUCCUCAUGGCCACCGGCGUGCCGCUGGCCGCGAUCUACGCCCUAUCGAGGCCGAUCCUUGUGCUGCUGGGUGAGUCGCCGGAGAUCGCCAAGGCGGCGUCCAUCUUCGUCUACGGGCUGAUCCCGCAGAUCUUCGCGUACGCCGCCAACUUCCCCAUCCAGAAGUUCCUGCAGGCGCAGAGCAUCGUGGCGCCGAGCGCCUACAUCUCGGCGGCGACGCUGGUGGUGCACCUGCUCCUCAGCUGGGUGGUGGUGUACAAGAUCGGCCUAGGACUGUUGGGGGCCUCGCUGGCGCUGAGCCUGUCGUGGUGGAUCAUCGUGGGUGCUCAGUUCGUGUACAUCUCCUCCAGCAGCCGAUGCCACUUCACGUGGACCGGGUUCACCUGGCAGGCCUUCUCCGGCCUUCCGGAGUUCUUCCGGCUGUCCAUAGCCUCCGCGGUGAUGCUGUGUUUGGAGGCCUGGUACUUCCAGAUCCUGGUUCUCAUCGCUGGACUUUUGGAUAACCCUGAACUCGCCCUUGAUUCCCUAUCCGUGUGUAUGACGCUUUCAGGUUGGAUUUUUAUGAUAUCUGUUGGAUUCAAUGCCGCCGCGAGUGUGCGGGUAAGCAAUGAGCUCGGUGCUGGUAAUCCGAAGUCGGCGGCAUUCUCGGUGGUCGUUGUGACGGUGAUGUCCUUCAUAGUAUCUGUUAUCGCCGCCAUCAUCAUCCUUUGCCUUCGAGACUACAUCAGCUAUGCCUUCACCGACGGCGAGGUCGUCGCCCGCGCCGUCUCCGAUCUCUGUCCCUUGCUCGCCACCACCCUCAUUCUCAAUGGCAUCCAACCUGUUCUAUCCGGUGUGGCUGUCGGCUGCGGAUGGCAAGCUUUUGUGGCAUACGUCAACGUCGGCUGCUAUUAUAUAAUUGGCGUUCCGUUUGGGUCUCUUCUCGGCUUCAAGUUUGGGUUGGGGGCAAAGGGAAUUUGGGGAGGAAUGAUUGGAGGGACCUUCAUGCAGACUCUCAUUCUUCUGUGGGUCACUUUCCGAACUGAUUGGAACAAGGAGGUGGAAGAGGCCAAGAAGAGAUUGAACAAGUGGGAGGACAAGAAGGAACCCCUUCUCUCCUAAAGGUGAAAGCAAUGCUUGGACACCUGCUGAUCUCUGCUGAUUCGGUUCGCAGUCUUGCAUUGGAUAGAAAUGGAAGAGGUUUGCAUAAGAGAUGAAAAGGUCCUUGAAAUCUACCCAUAAAGAGGGAGAGAGAGAGAGAGAGAGAGAUGCAAGAUUAUUUUGUAGUCAUUAUUAUAUAUUUUUUGUCUCUCAAGUCUUAUUGCAAGCAAGGAUAUCCGGCUAUCAUGGCCUGUCAUUUGUUCUUUCUAUAAAAUUGAAGUGUUUCACGUAUUCA